CUAAAGAGUCUCAUGACUGUCUGUACGUGUCACCGAUAGUUAAUAUCCAACUGAACGAUAAGCACCAGAGAAAUCUUGCGAAAGUAGUUUUACGAGUAGAAAUUCGAAGAAAACAUUUACGAUAUAAUACUCCCUGCACAUCCCCUCCCCCUUUGAACACUAAGCAUAUAACCACCCGCUUCAUACAGCAAAGGUGCCACUCUUUCUGCCCACAUGUCUUGUCCCCAUGCUACAAUAAAAACACCUUUUUGCACCAAAAACAUCUCAAGAAUUCUUUUUUGAAUGUCCACUCACAGCCCCGUAUCAUUUAGUCAUGGAUGUUUUCUGCAGGAGACAAUGGCAGUGCCCUGGAUCCUUUUUUAAUCAUUUGCCUGUGAUGUGUCUGACCAAGUGCCCCUACACAUGCACACAUUCUAUGCUCCUACCCCCACCCCCGGUCUUUGUUGUAUGGUUCCUCUUCCAAGAGUUAGAACGUCCAGAUUUUUUUUCUGUUUUGGAGGAAUGCCCCCAGGCUACUGGAGGCUUUGCCUUGAUGAUGAAUCGACGCCUCUGAGAGUGUCGCUUGGUCAACAGCUGAGGCAUGUCGGUAUAUGAAAGGCCCCAUCCCCUUGUUUCUGGACAAAUCUGACACGUAACUUUCAUCCAGAGCUCCCCUGCAAGAUCAAGUUGAACUACUCUUUGCCUGAGAUCACACGUUUGUUUGGUUUCCUCUCCUUCCCUCUCCUGCUUCUCUCACUCUCUUACUGGUUUCUUCUGGUAGCACUGUUUGACGAAAUCACUUGCACACAAAUCCUCAGCUCAAGGUCUGCUUCUGCGAAACCUGACCCAAGACACCAUCUCAGCACUUUCUGCUCCGCUUUUGCUGCCUACCUGAUAAAUGUGGCUUGCUUUCCAGAAUUAGGUCCUGGGCCCUAUUCUCUCUACAGAUAUUGUUUGGACAAUUUCACUCAUGUCCAUGGCUUCAACCACUACUCACUUCUGAUCAUCCCCAAACUCCUUUAUGCAGCUAGACUGUAGCUCCCUCUCUGCUGGACAGCUCCACCUAGCUGUCCACAGGCACCCCCUGUGCUAAUGCCCUAGUCACUAGCCACGUGGCUAUUUUAAUUAAUUAAAUUCCGUUCCCUAGUCCCACCAGCCACAUUUCAAGUGCUCAAGAGCUACCCAUGGCUAGUGGCUACCACACUGGAUAGUGUUGAUAUAGGACAUAUGUCAUGGCAGAAAGUUUUAUUGGACAGCUUAGACACAUUUCCAAACCUAACUCACCAUCCCCAGACCCUUGCCUUUCUAUAUUCCUCAACUGUGUCUCUCUCCUAGAAACAGUGGGCAGAAACUACAGAAACUAGAAACUACAGAGAAAGGGUGCAUAAGGGCUUCAGGGGAGAGGGAGGGGACCACAGAACGAGAGUCUUUUCCAUUGAUAUCUUCCUCUGAACUGGGAAGAUGGAUGGGCAAAGAUGGUGAUGAAGAUCUUGACAAAGGCCAUCUGUGAGCUGAUCUUAGAUUGGUUAGAACAGGAGGAGAGCUGGGGGACGAGGCCUGGCUAGGCCAGAACUUGCCCUCCACAAUGAAGUUUUCCAACUCCACCCAGCCUCAGCCUUGAAUAAACGUUCUUGUGUGAAUUAGGGCCUUUAUCCAUCUCCAGUCUCUUGUGUUCCAGGAUGAGUAUCUGAUCGAAGCCAAUCAGCUGGGGGGGGAGGGGGGGUCCAGUUCUGGAAAUUUUAUGGCAAAUCUCAGAAAAGAAGCAGGUUCCUUCUACUUGAGUUGUUAAGCUAUUAGGACUUCAGUUUGGAGCCAUGUAAAGCCAUUUUGCCACUGAGAUAGGCCUACCUGUGAGUGAAGCCAAAGGCAUGGGGAAAGCAGAGGCUAGAGAAGGUGAACCACAGGUUCCUCACAGCUUUUGGCUUUUUUUUUUUUCAGCUGUUUCUGAAGAAGCUCAAUCCGUUUUUUUCAAUUGCUUCAGCCAAGAUUCCCCUAUUCCUUAGGCCAGUUGGAGCUGGAUUAGUGACAGACCUUACUCUUGCAUCCCUUGGCUUCUUCUCGUUGGGUUGGAAUUGUCCCCGCUUAUGAUUUCAACGACUCUCUAUACCUUAACGAUUCCCAAUGUCUGUAUCUGGCCUUGAUGUGUUUACUGAGCUCCAGACCGUAUGUCCACCUGCCCCCUGACGUCCCACAGGCACGCCCAAAGUGAUCUCCUUAUUUCUGCCCUCUAUCUUUAUUUCCCGUCUCAGAUGGAACCUACUAGACCUCUAGUCCCUUUGCUCAGCGAAGCCAAGGUCGUAAGUUCAGGCUCCGCCUCUUCGCGGGGCCUCAACCAAGGUCACCCGCGUCUUCCCUCGCUGGGCUCGUUGGGGGCGGUGUCCGCGAACCCCUCAGCCGCAGGGCCAGGCGCUCUAGGCAGCGGCGUGCCCUGCAAAGAGCCACCUCAUCUCGCUGGCUUCCGGUACCCGGCGGCUACUCUAGCCUACAGCAGGGCCUCGGAACUCUAUGCCCUAAGCUGGCUUCUCUACGGCUGACACCUCUCCUUUGUGCCGAGUUUCCUCCGGGAGGGCACCUGGUGGGAACCCCUUCCCACAGUGGCUUUUGUGGUCCCUUCUAGGUGCAACCGGAGAAGCCCCUGAGCCUCCAGAGAAUCCCCACCUCUCAGGCCUCGAAGGGUUUGCGCGGAAUAGGAGGAUGGCGGAACUGCUGCCGCUCACCCCGUGUCUUCUGGCCGCUUCCCUCUUUGCUGCCCCUCCCCACAGGCUCCCCCUCUCCGCCUCCUGGGGACCGUCAUGAAUGGUGCCCCUUCCCCGGAGGAUGGGGCCUCCCCCUCUCCUCCGCCUUUGCCACCACCCCCUCCUCCUAGUUGGCGGGAGUUCUGCGAGUCCCAUGCCCGGGCUGCUGCCCUGGAUUUUGCCCGCCGUUUUCGCCUCUACCUGGCCUCCCACCCCCAGUACGCAGGGCCCGGGGCUGAGGCUGCCUUCUCCCGCCGUUUUGCUGAACUCUUCCUGCAGCACUUUGAAGCUGAGGUGGCCCGGGCCUCCGGCUCCCUCUCGCCACCCAUCCUGGCUCCCCUGAGUCCUGCUGCGGAGAUCCAGCCACAUGACCUGUCCCUUGAGAGCUGCAGGGUGGGCGGGCCCCUGGCUGUGCUGGGCCCUUCUCGAUCAUCUGAGGACCUGGCCGGCCCCCUCCCUUCCUCAGUCUCUUCCUCUUCUACGACCUCCUCGAAGCCGAAGCUAAAGAAACGCUUCUCCCUCCGCUCAGUGGGUCGCUCCGUCCGCGGUUCAGUCCGUGGCAUCUUGCAGUGGCGGGGGACGGUUGACCCUCCCUCCCCGGCCGGGCCCCUCGAGACCUCAUCAGGCCCCCCAGUCCUGGGUGGAAACAGCAACUCCAACUCCUCUGGUGGGGCCGGGACCAUUGGCAGGGGACCGGUUAGUGAUGGAACAUCCCCUGGGGACCGAUGGACUCACCGAUUUGAGAGGCUGAGACUCAGUCGGGGAGGGGGGGCCUUGAAGGAUGGAGCAGGGAUGGUGCAGAGGGAAGAGCUGCUGAGUUUCAUGGGGGCUGAAGAGGCAGCCCCUGACCCAGCUGGAGUGGGCCGGGGAGGAGGAGGGGCAGCUGGGCCUACCUCAGGGGGAGGAGGGCAGCCUCAGUGGCAGAAGUGUCGCUUGCUGCUCCGAAGCGAAGGAGAAGGCGGAGGAGGAAGUCGUCUGGAGUUCUUUGUACCGCCCAAGGCGUCUCGGCCUCGCCUCAGCAUUCCCUGCUCUACCAUCACGGACGUGCGGACAACCACAGCCCUGGAGAUGCCUGACCGGGAGAACACGUUUGUGGUUAAGGUGGAAGGCCCCUCGGAGUACAUCCUGGAGACAGCCGAUGCUCUGCAUGUGAAGGCCUGGGUGUCUGACAUCCAAGAGUGCCUGAGCCCGGGACCCUGCCCUGCCACCAGUCCCCGCCCCAUGACCCUCCCCCUGGCCCCUGGGACCUCAUUCCUUACAAGGGAGAACACAGACAGUCUGGAGCUGCCCUGCCUCAAUCAUUCAGAGAGUCUGCCCAGCCAGGAUCUGCUGCUGGGAGCCAGCGAGAGCAACGACCGCCUGUCACAGGGGGCCUAUGGGGGCCUUUCAGACCGCCCCUCGGCGUCCAUCUCCCCCAGUUCCGCCUCCAUUGCUGCUUCCCAUUUUGACUCAAUGGAACUGCUUCCCCCAGAGUUGCCCCCCCGCAUCCCCAUCGAAGAGGGGCCCCCAGCGGGCACAGUUCAUCCACUCGCAGCCCCCUACCCACCCCUGGACACUCCAGAAGCGGCCACAGGUACCAGAGGAUCAUUCCUGUUCCAGGGGGAGUCAGAGGGAGGUGAAGGGGACCAGCCCCUCUCAGGGUACCCUUGGUUCCACGGGAUGCUCUCUCGACUCAAGGCUGCGCAGCUAGUGCUAGCCGGAGGCACCGGCUCCCACGGUGUUUUCCUGGUACGGCAGAGUGAGACGAGGCGGGGUGAAUACGUGCUCACUUUCAACUUCCAGGGCAAGGCCAAGCACCUGCGCCUGUCGCUGAACGAGGAGGGUCAGUGCCGGGUCCAGCACUUGUGGUUCCAGUCCAUUUUCGAUAUGCUCGAGCAUUUCCGGGUGCACCCCAUCCCUCUGGAGUCUGGAGGCUCCAGUGACGUUGUUCUUGUCAGCUAUGUCGUGUCCUCCCAGCGACAGCAGGAACCGAACACCUCCCAUGACCCACCCCAGCCCCCUGAGCCCCCUUCAUGGACAGAUCCCCCACAUCCUGGGGCAGAAGAGGCGACGGGGGCGCCAGAAGUGGCGGCAGCAGCAGCCACAGCAGCCAAAGAGAGGCAAGAGAAAGAGAAAGCGGGCUUUGGAGGGGUCCAGGAAGAGCUUGUCCCCAUGGUUGAGCUGGUCCCCAUGGUUGAAUUGGAAGAGGCGGUAGCUCCAGGCGCGGAGGCCCAGGGAGGCGCCGGAUCCGGUGGGGCUGCGGGGGCCACCGCGAUGGUGCAGCUCCAGCAGUUACCACUAGGGGGCGAUGGAGAAGAAGGGGGCCAUCCCAGAGCCAUUAAUAACCAGUACUCUUUCGUGUGAGACACCCUACCCCGCGCUUUCUCCACUCUUCUUGCUCCCCAGCCCUUAGUUGGUGAGAUUGGGGCUGGGCAGGGACGGAGAGGAGCGGUAGGAAUCCCCGCCCCACGUGCUUCCUGACCCUUGACGGCCAAGGGCAUCUAUGUUGGUACAAGAAGAGGCUCAAGAACCCUGUUAACUCCCCAGUUCAUACACUACAGGUGCCCCAUCCCCUGGGCAGGGGAUUUGGGCUCCAUUACCUCCCUGAGGGGCUGUUAUGGUCAGCCCCACCCCUGGGGGCCAUUUCCACAUUAACCGCCCCCCAGCCCGGGGAGGGGUGAGGGGGAAGGGCUGUCAGUUAUAUUAAGGUUGUUGUUGUUGUUGUUUUAAACAAAAUGGAGAAGCAUAAAUAAAUAAAAGGGUUUAUUUCAGUU